AUGACCAUUUCAAGCCUCUUGCCUGUAAACGACGCUGAACUCCAAGCUCUCAAAGACCACUACGAAGCCAAUGGCCAAGGCCACGUCUUUCGUUUCUUUGAUGAACUGGAGAUUGAGCAGCAAGCCCAGCUUUUGAAUCAACUUGUAGAACUUGAUGUAGAACGCUUGAAUCAAAUCUAUACAAAGGCUGUGCAAGGCGCUGAAUCUGCUGUCCUCAACCAAGAUGCUACAUUUGAGCCCUUGCCUGAAUCCAUCUUUGAAUCUGUCCUCAAGGCUCCUCAGCAGCAAAUCAAGGAAUGGGAAACCAUUGGUCUCUCCCAAAUUGCCCAAGGUAAGGUGGCUGUCAUUCUCAUGGCUGGUGGUCAAGGCUCUCGCUUAGGCUCCUCAGACCCCAAGGGUUGUUACAACAUUGAUUUGCCCUCCAAAAAGUCUCUCUUCCAACUCCAAGCUGAACGCAUCUUGCGUCUCCAAGACAUUGCGCGUCAAUAUCAAAAGCCCUGCCAACUCAAGGACUGCAUCAUUCCUUGGUACAUUAUGACCUCUGGUCCAACCAACGGCCCUACUAUGGAGUUUUUUGAAUCCAACAACUACUUUGGCCUCAAGAAAGAAAAUGUCAUCUUUUUCGAACAAGGCACACUUCCUUGUUUAACCAUGGACGGUAAGAUCAUCUUGGAAGCAAAGGACAAGGUUGCUAUUGCUCCUGAUGGCAAUGGUGGUAUCUAUGCUGCUGUCCAAAACAAGGGCAUCAUCAAAUCAUUGAAGGAACGCGGCAUUCUUUACUCUCACUGCUAUUGUGUCGAUAACUGUCUUGCCCGUGUUGCUGACCCCGUCUUUAUUGGUUACUCUGUGUCUAAGGGAACUGACUGUGGUGUCAAGGUCGUACGCAAAUCUGCCCCUGAAGAACCUGUUGGCGUUGUCUGCGUUCGUGAUGGCAAGUAUGGUGUGGUUGAAUACUCUGAGAUCUCUCAAGAGCUCUCUGAAAAGCGCCAAGCUGAUGGCGAACUCGCAUUUUGCGCCGCCAACAUCGCUAACCACUUUUUCUCUACCGAAUUUUUGGAACGUGUGCCCACUUUUGCCUCUCAACUUGAAUAUCACAUUGCUAAAAAGAAGAUCAAGUACGUUGACGAGAACGGACAAACUGUUGCACCCAAAUCAAACUCUGGCAUGAAGCUUGAAUGCUUUGUCUUUGACGUAUUCCCUUUUGCUCAAUCCUUCUCAGUUCUCGAAGUCGACCGCAAGGACGAAUUUUCACCCCUUAAAAAUGCCCCUGGAACAGGUGUUGAUUGCCCUGAAACAUCUAGAAGAGAUAUUGUAGCACAACACGUGCGCUUCAUUGAAGCUGCUGGUGGUAAGGUGGAGCACGAGGGUGAUUUCGAAAAGCUUGAGUUCGAGUUGUCUUCUUGGGUAUCUUACUCUGGCGAAGGUCUCUCUGAGAUUGUUAGUGGAAAGACAAUCAAAGCACCUGCUAUCAUUGAAACUAAGGAGGAUUUGAUCCGUUUGGCUCUCUAA